AUAUCUCGGUCUGAUACUCGACGGCCGAUGGAGUUUCACGAGCCACCUUGCCGGUGAUGCGAAAAGGGCAGGGGGGAGGGCGGCAAAGUUAGGUCGUCUCCUCCCAACCUGGGCGGCCCAGACGGCAGGGUUCGUCGGUUGUACGCGAACACCGUCAAGUCGGUAGCGCUCUACGGGGCCCCUGUUUGGGCCCCACGGCUCGCGGCAUCGAGGCACGCGCGCGCCAGCAUGGCCCGCGCCUUUCGCCCGAUUGCCGCGAGGAUAUGUAGGGCCUACCGGACGGUGGCGUACAACGCGGCGGCGGUGAUCGCCGGCCUCCCCCCGAUGGAGUACGCGGCAGAGGAACAUUACAAUAUGUUCCUCGAAAGCCACGACUCCGAGGGGAGGCCGAUUAGAUGGACGGCGAACCACCGUGCUCGGAGGCGACUCCAGCACCGGCAGCGCGCAAUCGCCAAAUGGCGAGAGGCGUUAGUAGCCUCGGGGGACACUACCCCGGGGCUCCGCGUCGUCGGUACAAUCGGGCCCCUCCUCGACCAGUGGGUCGAUAGAGGAUGGGGCGGGUUGUCCUUCCGAAUGACGCAGGUGCUGACUGGGCAUGGCUGCUUUGGUCACUACCUGUGUCGUAUCGGAAGGGAGCAGAACUCCGGCUGCCACCACUGUGCGGCCGAAGACGACACCGCCCAGCACACGCUGGGCGAGUGUCCGGCGUGGGCGGGAGAGCGGGAGGCGCUCACCCGUAUUGUGGGGCAGGACCUCUCCCUUCCAGCGGUGAUCACCGCGAUACUGGAAGAGGAGAGGUCCUGGCACGCGUUUGCCUCCUUCUGCGAGAAGGUCAUCUCGCAGAAGGAGGCAGCGGAGCGGGAGAGGAGGGGGCAAGUCCCUCGUCCUCGCCCGCAACAGCAGCGGCGGCAGCAGCGCCGGGCUCGGGGAAGACAUCCCCGGGCUCGGCCUGCUCGGCCCGCCGUGGGGAAUGGGGUGGGAGCUGAGCCAGACGGGGGGAGAGCUGACGGGGAAGCGUUAUCUCUCCCGGCCUCCCCUCCUAUGACGCGGAGCCGGGCGAGGAUGUUACUCGCCCGUGCUCCCGCUUCCACCCCACCCCCUACUCCGCCGCCCACACCACCGCCCUGA